GAGGUUGGCUGAAGAUUGUGUGACAACUAUGGACAUCCUUGAUCCCAGCCCGCAAAGGGUAGACAUUCCUGAGCCUAAUCCGCGUCGUCAUGUGAUGCUUUCAGGCCGCUUUACCGAGGAAAGAAGGAAGCAGUACAUGAUGAUGGUGCGGGAUGCACUCGAGGGACUCAAUGUUCGCACCUUUAUGGUGGAUGCAAAGCCUGGGCAAGAUUUUGGAGAGCAGACUACAUUAGGUCUUCACUCAGCCGCAGCGAUGGUAGCUUUCUGCACCAGCACUUAUGGAGAAAAAACUGGGGCAGGCUAUGAGACUUAUGAAGAACUCAAGUAUGCGCACGAGAGCAACGGCAAGAUCUUCUUGAUUCCUUUGAAGUUGAACCCUCAGUAUCCUCCCCAGCCCCCAGGUCAACAGGGACAAGCUCUUUGCCAGCUUGUUUUCUCCAGAAGCAAAGUCUUCAUCGAUGGUUUAGAGACGGGUCCAGAUGGAGGUUUGCGUUUCAAGCCAGCAAUGCGAGUGGCAAAGGAGAUCUGGCAGUGUCUAAAGGAUGCAGACAAGUUGUCAGAGGUGACCGAUCCGAUCUUGGACUUGGAUCUUGUGCUUGUUGGUUCACCUGAGACCGAAGAGGCAGGCGAUUCCAAAGACUUUGCCCCGUCCCCUGAGCGGCAUUCUAGGUGCCGGAAGGGCCAUUCUACCACAAUUUAAAACGAUAGAUAAUAUAAAAUACAAUUUCAAAAAAAAGGAAUCCAACAA